AUGAGGUUAUACAUCAUUAUAUUAGCUGAGAAGAGGGGUGAUGUUGCAAUGAUGAUGAGAGAAGCAGAGAAAGAACUGAACACAGAUGAACUAACUAGCAGAAGAGAUGACAUCUCACUGCAAGACACAGUGACUAUCACUGCAGCUGCAAGAGAAGUAGAAGAAGAAGAAGAAGAAGAUGUGAUAAUAAGAGUGAUGCUUCUGCAGUUCAUCAACACUGCUGUCUUCACCUUCAACUGA